AUGGCGGCUGCCGGCGGCGGGGCGCUGGGUUCGGCGGCCGGGGCGGGGGGCUGGCGCCUUCCCGGCCGAGUGCUGGAAUUCGUCUUCGCCUAUCUCGACUUGCGCGAACUGCGGAGCUGCGCGCUGGUGUGUAAGAUGUGGUACCGCGUCCUGCACGGCGACGAGAACAGCGAGGUGUGGCGCAGCCUGGCCGCCCGCAGCCUGGCCGAGGAAGCGCUGCGCACCGACAUCCUCUGCAACGUGCCCACCUACAAGGGCAAGGUGCGCGCCUUUCAGCAUGCUUUCAGCACCAAUGAUUGCUCUAGGAAUGUCUACAUUAAGAAGAAUGGAUUUACUUUGCACAGGAAUCCCAUUGCUCAGAGUACAGAUGGAGCAAGGACCAAGAUUGGCUUCAGUGAAGGCCGGCAUGCCUGGGAAGUCUGGUGGGAAGGUCCUCUUGGCACAGUGGCAGUAAUUGGAAUUGCUACAAAGCGAGCCCCCAUGCAGUGUCAGGGCUACGUGGCACUCCUGGGCAGUGAUGAUCAGAGCUGGGGCUGGAAUCUGGUGGACAAUAACUUGUUACAUAAUGGAGAAGUCAAUGGCAGCUUUCCCCAGUGCAACAAUGCUCCAAAGUAUCAAAUAGGUGAAAGAAUUCGUGUCAUCUUAGACAUGGAAGAUAAGACACUCGCUUUUGAGCGAGGCUAUGAGUUCCUAGGAGUUGCAUUCCGAGGACUGCCAAAGACUUGUCUAUAUCCAGCAGUAUCUGCUGUGUAUGGCAACACUGAGGUGACGUUAGUUUACCUGGGGAAGCCUUUAGAUGGAUGACAUUGUUUUUUA